CUGUGGCAGUACAUCAAGACUCAUAAGCUUCAGGACCCCCACGAACGGGAGUUCGUUAUCUGUGAUAAAUACCUCCAGCAGAUAUUCGAGUCGCAACGGAUGAAGUUCUCAGAGAUCCCCCAGCGGCUCCAUGCCUUGCUUAUGCCACCAGAGCCCAUCAUCAUUAAUCACGUCAUCAGUGUUGACCCCAAUGACCAGAAGAAAACUGCCUGUUAUGACAUUGAUGUGGAAGUGGAUGAUACCCUUAAGACCCAGAUGAACUCCUUCCUGCUAUCUACUGCAAGCCAGCAGGAAAUUGCUGCUCUCGACAACAAGAUCCAUGAGACAAUAGAGACCAUCAACCAGCUGAAAACCCAGAGAGAGUUCAUGCUGAGUUUUGCAAGAGACCCUCAGGGCUUCAUCAAUGACUGGCUUCAGUCCCAGUGCCGGGAUCUGAAGACCAUGACUGAUGUAGUGGGUAACCCAGAGGAGGAGCGCCGAGCUGAGUUCUACUUCCAGCCAUGGGCUCAGGAGGCUGUAUGCAGAUACUUCUACUCUAAGGUGCAACAGAGACGGCAGGAACUGGAGCAGGCCCUGGGCAUCCGAAAUACAUAAGGCCCUUCCUCCGUCCUCAGCCCGGCCACACCAGUUCUUCGUUUAGGCUCUCGUGCCUCCCCAUGGCUCCUGCCCUAGCCUUGCCUGGGGGUCCCCCAGGGGAAGCUGCUGGUUGAAGGAUGACACCAAGACGAAGAGGGUCCCACAUUUCUGUCUCAAGAGACAAAUAUUCUCCUCCCCAGUCUCUCCAACUCCCCUUUGCCUCACAAAACUCCCAUGUGCCUCUCCCUUUUCCUGGUCUACAUAGGACCUCUAGUUAGUAUUAGUGAGAGAAUUUAUAGUGGUAAUCAGUGCUCUGAAUGGACUGGCCUAAGGCUAAGUGAUCUUCAAGGGAAACAACUAAACUCAUCUUGCCCUUAAGAGACCCAGGAUUGAGGGCCAUAGUCCCUUUUCCCAGGUCUGGACCAGGGGGCAUUCUGUAAGUUAGUUGGUUUUGGUUGUCCCUAUAUAGAAUCCCAUUUUCUUUCAUCAGUUUGGU